CCGAUGGUUCCUCAUCAGCAGCUCUUUCUAAGGUACCUACCACAGAUCUGCACACUUCCGGCCUUGAAGGCAGGUCCUUCAUCCUCAUCGCCAUGCUGGGAUUGCAGUACCAACGGCCAAGUGGUGAUCAACCGGAAGGCGAGUCUUCUUCCGGACCUUUCUCCAGGGCGAGGCCACCUCAGAGAUGCUAUGGUUACUUUGCUGAAUCUUCAGGAGUAAAGCGAUUUCGAUCGAUCGUGCCUAGCAGCUCUCCCAUAGACCACCUCGACUGGCGCACUGGCGCCACUGCUUCGGCCUCGCAAGGAAGCACCUUCCGCCACACAACUCAAGCAACAGCAUCCUCCCUCACACGAUCACCAGAUAUGCGCUCCGAUACCAGCUCGCCCCUCUCUUCGCCCCCAGCAUCACCCAGGGAUCCUCCAUCCCCCUGCGGAUCCACAUCCUCGUCCCUCUUAUCCGAGCCACCUUCCAGCAUCUUCGACCACGACUCUGCCGCAAAGCCGAGUUGGAUCUCUCGCGAUGAAGCGGCAAGCCCUGCCACUAGUCCUCUGGCCUCUUCCAGUCAGUGUCAUUCAAGUGGGAAGAGAGCUCGUGGGCAGACGUUGCGGGAUCCGCUUCGUGGGUCGAGUAGCGGUGCGAGCGAAGCUGAGCCAUUCGGCUUCGAGUCAUCUGCUGGGGGGCGACCCUCGAGGAGGUUGCGAAGGGCUCCUAAUCGAGAGCCGACCGUCCUACACAAAGCGCGAGAAGAGAUAGCAGCGGUGGACACCUCACUCGCAGCAUCAGAUCAGGCCAGCGCAAGCUCUUCCAGCUCAGCAGAGUCGAAGUGGAACGUAUGGAUCUCUGUAUCGCCGCCCUCACUCAAGCCGGUGUCACAAAGACGAAGGGUAGUCAAGCCUAGCGCUAGGUCUGACGACAGUUCGAGCGCCAGGCCAACAGCAAUCUCAGCGACCGCACUCGGCAAACGUGUCGGUGUUGGACGUGGUCGGACCCCAUCGACCUCUUCCGAAUCCCACUCUGCCCUUCUAGCGCAAAGUCAAUCUCGUCCAGAGCCACCAGAGAAUCAUCCAGGACGCAGCAAGAGUCAUGCAAAGCAACAGGUCGACUCUGCACCGAGUCUACUACGGGACGACGGAACCAUCGAAGUGUCUUAUGAGGAUGAGGAAGAGGACGCAGAUGACGUCGUCUAUGAGCUCCUCAAGGGCCAUGCGAGGAAGAGGCCAAAGAGGAAGCUCCGGGAGGGAGGUGUAGACGAAGACGAGGUAGCCGCCUUCUUCAACGAUCAAUCCGCACAAGUAGCCGCUGCAAAGCGGGCCGGCAAGCUAGCUGGAGAAAAGAUCCCCUACUGGCUUCCGGCUAGAGAGUUGCCGGUGAAGAGCUUCUAUGCGAGGACGAAGAGGGAGGAAAAGAGCCCCACGCCGGAGAUACGAGCGGUGCAGAGGGCACAAUGGAAGAUUACCAGCUCGGUACUCAAGAGUAGGGGCGCUACCCGUGGGGUGAGAAGCUGAUCGCCCGCGGGUGCAGAGGACACGCUAUAGACAGAUCCUUGUGCACUGUACAUCAUUCAUACCCAUUCAAUUCAUCGCCUCUUCUCGUCGAGAGGGAAUCAAAUCAAACAGCCAUGCUGUGACUAUCAGUG